AUGGGCUCCGUAGCUAACCCCAAGAAUGGAACUUUCCUCUUCACCUCAGAGAGUGUUGGUAGAGGCCACCCCGACAAGAUCGCUGAUCAGAUCUCCGAUGCAAUCCUAGACAGCUGUCUCAAGGACGACCCCUUGUCUAAAGUAGGGAAACCUCCUUUUUUUCUUCGUCUUACGGGCCGCUUGUCUUUUCCGCAAGGCGUUGCCUGUGAGACCGCUACCAAGACCGGUAUGGUCAUGGUUUUCGGUGAAAUCACUACCAGAUCCCCGCUCGACUACCAGGCCAUCAUCCGUGGUGCCAUUAAGGACAUCGGUUACGAUGACUCCGAGAAGGGUUUCGACUACAAGACCUGCAACGUCUUGGUUGCCAUUGAGCAGCAGUCUCCCGAUAUCGCCCAGGGUCUCCACUACGAGGAGGCUCUCGAGAAGCUUGGUGCUGGUGACCAGGGUAUCAUGUUCGGUUAUGCCACCGAUGAGACACCUGAGCUCCUUCCCCUCACUCUCCUCCUCUCUCACAAGCUGAACGACGCCAUGACUGUUGCCCGUACCGACGGUUCCAUCCCCUGGCUCCGCCCCGACACCAAGACCCAGGUCACUGUUGAGUACGCCCACGACAACGGUGCUGUCAAGCCCCAGCGUGUGGACACCGUCGUUGUCUCUGCCCAGCACAGCGAUGAUGUGAGCACCGAGGAGCUUCGCUCCGUCAUCAAGGAGAAGAUCAUCAAGAAGGUUAUCCCUGCUGAACUCCUCGACGACCGCACCAUCUACCACAUCCAGCCCUCUGGCCGCUUCGUCAUUGGUGGUCCCCAGGGUGAUGCUGGUCUUACUGGCCGUAAGAUCAUCGUCGACACCUACGGUGGCUGGGGUGCUCACGGUGGUGGUGCUUUCUCCGGAAAGGAUUACUCCAAGGUCGACCGUUCCGCUGCCUACGUUGGCCGCUGGAUCGCCAAGUCGCUCGUUGCCGCCGGUCUCGCCCGCCGUGCCCUUGUCCAGCUCUCCUACGCCAUUGGUGUCGCCGAGCCCCUCUCCCUCUAUGUCGACACCUACGGUACCUCCGACAAGACCUCCGAGCAGCUUGUCGAGAUCAUCCGCAACAACUUUGACCUCCGUCCCGGUGUCAUUGUCCGCGAGCUUGACCUGGCCAAGCCCAUCUACUUCAAGACCGCCCAGAACGGUCACUUCACCAACCAGGAGUUCUCCUGGGAGAAGCCCAAGGCUCUCAAGUUCUAA